AAAUCAAGUUAUAUUAAAAGGGCCCGGGGAUAACAUGACGAUCACGGUCAACAUUUGCCAAGGUGUUCUGUGUCUACAUUUUGUGUUUAAGGGAAGAGUAUAAUAAACCUGUUAGGUGAAAAACUAGCCAGGAGACUUGACCUCAACAUUAGCAAUCCUGCAUCUUACCGGCCAUUAACAGCUCAGUUUCAUAGAGUCCAUGGUGGGCUCUCAUGUCUCAGAAUAGCGCUUCAGUUGAAGGGACAAGUUGAUAGCCAAAGGUGGCCGUUGGCGGGAUAGUAAGAGAUGCUGGGGUGGGAGGGAGGCAGGGUUCUGUGCUGGUAGAAACUUAGAACAAAAGAAUCAGGAGUUAGACAUUUUUAAUGUGUUUCUGCAUUUCUUUUCUGCCUAUGUUUGUUUUGUAUUCUCUCUUGUGGGAUCCUAAUCAUGACAAGUAUGAAAAAUCGUAAGUUACUGUUGGUACUGUUUAUAUUUGCCUCCUGGAUCACGUUUACAGUUUUCCAACACUCCACAAUGGAAUCUCUUUCUAUAUGGACUACACUUAAGAUGCCCAUCUCCCACUAUCACUGGAGUUUUAUCAUGAAGCCUUCAUGUCCUGAAGUACCACUGCAUCCAGUAGUUUGAUCAGCAGAGACUGAGCUGAGAAUAAAGGGAAUCAUGGAGAAACUAGACCAGCUGAUCCCACCCAGACCUUUCACCUACGUGAACACCACCACCAGUGCUGCACACAGCAGAGCCACUGUCCUUCACCCUCGAGACGCCUACUGCCGGGGGGAUCAGCUAGACCUCCUUCUGGAAGUAAGGGGCCACUUGGGACACAGGAAGAUGUAUGGUGGGGAUUUCCUGACCAGGAUGUCCUCCCCAGAUCUGAAGGCAGGUGCUUCAGGAAAGGCGACAGAGUUCAACAAUGGCAUCUUGACAGCUUCACCCUGGGAAGGCCGGGUAUCUCUGUCUCUUCUGCUCAUCCACCCCAGGGAAGGAGUGUCGGCUCUCUGGACAAGGAACCAAGGCUAUGACAGGGCGAUCUUCACAGGCCAGAUUGCCAGGGGCACCUCCCCUGUCAAUACUGAUUGUGCCCUGGUUUUAAACUCAAGCACUGAGCUAUGUGCAUACCUGGAUACUCAAGAGCAAGUAGCCUUCUACUGUGUGAGACCUCAGCACAUGCCCUGUGCUGCACACAUGCAUUCCAAAAACAAGGAUGUUUCUUGUCUCAGCAAACAAGAAUGGAGACUCUUCGAAAGGUAAAUAAUUAUAGUCUGGAGACUACCUGGGAAAAUACAAAAUAUACAUGUAAAUAAGUGCUCGAAAAAAACAGUUCGAAUGAAAAAGAAAUGUGAGUUUGGAAUGGCAUCCACAAUCCCGGGUAGACAUGUCUGGAAAGACACGUGGAAUCCUGUCUCUUGUAGUUUGGCUCCAAUCAAAAUGAAAGAAUGCCUAAGAGGGAAUUUUAUAUAUCUAAUGGGAGAUUCCACAAUCUGCCAGUGGAUGGAAUAUUUCAAAAACAGUAUCAGCACACUGAAGUCAAUGGAUCUGCCUGAGGCUGGAAAAUUUCAAUACUAACUUGCUGUGGACUUGGAUGAGAAUAUCAACAUUCAGUGGCAAAAACAUGGUUAUCCCUUGAUUGGAUCAUUGACCUAUUCAGUGAAAGAAAUUGAGUACAUUGCCAGAGUCAUUGACAGAACUGGAGGAGAUAAACACACUGUCAUUGUUAUUUCUCUGGGCCAGCAUUUCAGACCCUUCCCCACUGAUGUUUUUAUCUGAAGGGCCCUCAAUGUCCACAAAGCUGUUCAGCAUCAUCUUCUGAGAAGCCCAGACAUUAUGGUUAUCAUCAAGGCAGAAAACAUCAGGGAGAUGCACACCGAUGUGGAAAGAUUUAGUGAUUUUCAUGGUUACAUCCAGUAUCUUGCCAUUAAGGACAUUUUUCAAGAUCUCUAUGUGGGCAUCAUUGAUGCCUGAUAAAACAAUUGCAUAUCGCAAAAUAGUGUCCACCCGCCUCAAUCUGUAGUCAGAAAUCAAAUUAAUAUAUUGUUAAACUGUAUUUGCUAGCUAACAUCUCUGAAAUUUAUUUACUUAAUUAAAAACAUUUAUGAAGUGUUUGCUGUCCUGUCAGAUGCUGUAUUUGGCUCUGCACUCCCAAUCAGCAUGAAAUAAUCUACACUAUGGCUAAUCCAUACACCACCAAUUCAACCAAAUCAGUUCUUUCUAAUUGGGCUUCUACUUAAGAGGAAAAAAAAAAUUAAUGCUCAUGAAAGGGACCUACACUUCUUGAUAAGAGUCCUGCCACUCUUCACAAAU